GAGAAGAGAGGAGAGAGAGAAGAGAGAAAAGAGGAGAGAGAGAAGAGGAGAGAGAGAAGAGAGGAGAGAGAGAGAAGAGAGGAGAGAAGAGAGGAGAGAGAGAGAGAUGAGAGGAGAGAGAGAAGAGAGAGAGGAGAGAGAGAAGAGAGGAGAGAAGAGAGAAGAGAGAAGAGAGAGAAGAGAGAGAGAAGAGAGGAGAGAGAGAAGAGGAGAGAGAGAAGAGAGGAGAGAGAGAGAAGAGAGGAGAGAAGAGAGGAGAGAGAGAGAGAGGAGAGAUGAGAGGAGAGAGAGAAGAGAGAAGAGAGAGAGGAGAGAGAGAAGAGAGGAGAGAAGAGAGAAGAGAGAGAAGAGAGGAGAGAGAGAAGAGAGAAGAGAGAGAGGAGAGAGAGAGAAGAGAGAAGAGAGAGAGGAGAGAGAGAAGAGAGGAGAGAGAGAAGAGAGGAGAGAGAGAGGAGAGAGAGAAGAGAGGAGAGAAGAGAGAAGAGAGAAGAGAGAGAAGAGAGAGAGAAGAGAGAGAGAAGAGAGGAGAGAGAGAAGAGGAGAGAGAGAAGAGAGGAGAGAGAGAAGAGAGGAGAGAAGAGAGGAGAGAGAGAGAGAGGAGAGAUGAGAGAAGAGAGAAGAGAGGAGAGAGAAGAGAGAAGAGAGAGAGAAGAGAGAAGAGAGAGAGGAGAGAGAGAGAAGAGAGAAGAGAGAGAGGAGAGAUGAGAAGAGAGGAGAGAGAGAAGAGAGAGAAGAGAGGAGAGAGAGAAGAGAGGAGAGAGAAGAGAGGAGAGAGAGAAGAGAGAGAAGAGAGGAGAGAGAGAAGAGAGGAGAGAGAAGAGAGGAGAGAGAAGAGAGGAGAGAGAAGAGAGGAGAGAUGAGAGAGAGAAGAGAGAAGAGAGAGAAGAGAGGAGAGAGAAGAGAGGAGAGAGAAGAGAGGAGAGAGAAGAGAGGAGAGAGAAGAGAGGAGAGAGAGGAGAGGAGAGAGAGGAGAGAGAGAAGAGAGAAGAGAGGAGAGAGAGAAGAGAGAAGAGAGAGAAGAGAAGAGAGGAGAGAGAGGAGAGGAGAGAGAAGAGAGAGAAGAGAGGAGAGAGAGGAGAGAGAGAAGAGAGAAGAGAGGAGAGAGAGAAGAGAGAAGAGAGAGAAGAGAGGAGAGAGAGAAGAGAGGAGAGAGAAGAGAGGAGAGAGAGAAGAGAGGAGAGAGAGGAGAGGAGAGAGAAGAGAGGAGAGAGAGAAGAGAGGAGAGAGAGAGAGAGAAGAGAGGAGAGAGAAGAGAGAGAAGAGAGGAGAGAGAAGAGAGAGAAGAGAGGAGAGAGGAGAGAGAAGAGAGAAGAGAGAGAAGAGAGGAGAGAAGAGAGAAGGGAGAAGAGAGAGAAGAGAGGAGAGAGGAGAGAGAAGAGAGAAGAGAGAGAAGAGAGGAGAGAAGAGAGAAGGGAGAGAGGAAAGAAGGAGGAAAACUGAAUUUUCCAUCUUCCGUUCCUCAUCACAAACAGCAGCUCUGUUCCACCUGCCGGGCGUCAGAAGAUGAGACUGUAAUAUUAUAAUAUUCCCCAGGUUUUAAAAUUACAACUACACACCAGGGAUCCUGCUCUCGCUCGUCUCCCGUCGUCUUCACAAAGGAUCUUCAAACCUCCA